AUGUCUCGAUACUCUGCCGCACAUGAGGACCCCCAGGGUCCUGGCGACGCCAGACCUACUGCCCUUCAGAUCAUCAAAGACGAAGGCGUCGAAGGCAAGCUUAAGGGCAAAGUCAUCGUCAUUACCGGAACUUCUUCUGGUAUUGGUAUCGAGACUGCCAGAGCUCUCGCAGAAACUGGCGCCAGAUUAUUCUUGACUGCAAGAAACCUGGACAAGGCAAAGAAAGCCUGCGAAGCAUUCUUCGAUGCCAGUCGAAUGGAGUUCAUCGAUCUCGACCUGACUUCCUUCGACAGUGUUCGUGCUGCUGCCAAGACCAUAUUAGAUAAAACCGACAAGAUCAACAUUCUAGUUGAGAAUGCAGGUUGCAUGGCUGUCCCAGAACUUGAGCUCACAAAGGAUGGCCAUGAGAUGCAGUUCGGAGUCAACUACCUCGCGCACUUCUUGUUCUUCGAGCUUCUCAAGCCAGCCUUGCUCGCGGCCGUGACUCCCGAGCUUAACUCUAGAGUCGUUGUUCUUUCUUCAUCAGCACACCAGCAUGGCGGUAUCAACGAAUCCGACAACUAUAGCUUCCAGAAGGGCGGUUACGACCCAUGGCUCUCCUAUGGCCAAUCGAAGACGGCUGAUAUCUACCUCGCCAACGAGAUAGACCGUCGAUACGGUUCCCAGGGCUUGCAUGCGACAAGCGUUCAUCCUGGGGGCAUCUUGACCGAGCUUGCAAGACAUAUUCCCCCGGAGGUCCUGCAGUCUCUCGCUAGUAGCGACACGGCUAGGAAGAUGUUGAAGAACCCCGAGCAGGGAGCUGCGACGACAGUCUGGGCGGCUAUCGGCAAGCAGUGGGAAAACACUGGAGGAAAAUACCUGGAGAAUUGCCAGGAGGCGCCUCCAGCUAAGCAGAUUGAUCCUCACUUCGGUAAAGGGUAUGCGCCACAUGUUUAUGACCCAGAACGCGAGGCUCGACUUUGGGAGGACGCGCUCAAGAUUGUUGGCUUGGCUUGA